UCAAAAUUUCUCGAAAGAAAGGGAGGAAGAGAGCAGUGACAAACAAGCGAAAGAAAGAAAGCUCUAAACUAACCAAUCAAAUCGAAUCGAAUCGGAAUCACCAUGGAAGUGGAAGGAUCGUCGAAGAAGAUGAUAGCGACGCAGGCGGAGAUGGUGGAGGCGAGGGUUCCGCUGGCGUACAGAGACCAGUGCGCCCACCUUCUCAUCCCUCUCAACAAGUGCCGCCAAGCGGAGUUAUUCCUCCCAUGGAAGUGCGAGAACGAGCGCCACUCCUACGAGAAGUGCGAGUACGAGCUUGUCAUGGAGAGGAUGCUUCAGAUGCAGAAGAUCCGCGAACAAGAGGCCAAGUUAAAGCAGCCCCAGAGUCAGUCCAUUCCUCUCAUUCCCAAAACCGCCAAUGCUUAGACAAUAAUCAAUCAUGGCAUGUGGAUGGGGAUUGCUUUAGAUUCAUACACGGAGAAUCCAUUAGAAAAGAAAUCAGGAGAAUUUAAUGGAACAAUGGACUAAUUUGAGUGUUUGUUGAAUAUAGGCAAUUUUCAUCUAUUUGGUUCUUGUAUGUGAAGCUAAAUAUGCGAAGUGCUGUUCUUGUGUAUUGAGAGUUUUCUACAUGCAAUAUUCACCUCUACAUUAGUUCUCUUAUACUAUGUUC